UUCAUCUCUCCUUUUCCCCUCCACCUUCCCCACAAAGUCCUUCUCGCUUUUGCUUUUAAUUAUUUAUUAAUAAUAAUGCUAUAAAAAUAUUCAAUUUCUUUUUGUAGCUAUUCUCCUUCUUCUUCCACAGCAUAAUCAUUUCAAUUUGGGGAUGUAAAUUCGAAGACACAGAGGUAUCUUUCACAGACCCAGAAGAAGGAUACAUCAUACGUUUACUUGCUUUUUUUCCUCAGGUUUCCUUCUGAAGUUCAGAGGAAAGGGAAGAAACAAAGCAACAAUCAAUUUUUCUGGAUCUGGGUCGGGUCAGAGUCGGUUCUCUCGCUGCCCUGAAAUACGAUGUUGCAGUCUAGGUGGUCCUAAAUUGAGGUCUUCAUGGCUGGGAUUGAUGAUAAUGUUCCUUUAACUAGCGACUGGGGUCCUCCUAGUCCGAGUCCAAGAACCUUUUUCUCCAAAAUGCUGGGUGGGGAUAAUCUUACAAGACAAAUCUCAGAGCCUCCUGCAAGUGGUAGAACUGAAGAGCCCUUUCUGCAACAAAAUCAAGAGCUCAUUAUGAGUGGAAAUUUAAACACAAGAGAUACAGCACCACAAGAUGACGCUUCUGAUGGCCAAUUAACUGACACAACUUCUUUGUCUGAGAACAAGUCUAGCUCACGUGGAAACCUUGUUGAAAGAAUGGCUGCUAGAGCUGGAUUUAAUGCCCCAAGGUUGAAUACAGAAAGCAUUAGAUCAGCUGAUCCUACAAUGAAUUCUGAUACUCGAUCUGCUUACUUCACCAUACCACCUGGCCUCAGUCCGACCACACUUUUGGAGUCUCCAGUGUUCCUUUCUAAUUCACUGGCACAACCGUCUCCAACAACUGGAAAAUUUCCAUUCAUCUCAAAUGGCAACUUCCGGGGGUUAGAGCCGAACUCUGGUGCUCCUGAGAAAGCUAAAGUUAACAACUUUGAUGACAUUUAUGCAUCAUCAUUUGCUUUCAAGACUACAACAGAUUCGGGCUCUUUCUAUAAUGGCGCUGCUAGAAAAAUGAAUCCGACCACGCUGCCAGAACAACAUCUUACUAAUGAGGUCUCAGCUCCAGAUUUGACUGAUCCUCCCACUCAAAAUGAUAGUAGAGCAUCAGUCGAGGAACCAGCAGAUGAAGAGGGAGGUCAAGGAGGAAAUGGAGAUUCACAGGCUACGGGUGUUGGGGGCACACCAUCUGAAGAUGGGUAUAACUGGAGAAAGUACGGACAGAAACAAGUAAAAGGUAGUGAGUAUCCACGAAGUUACUACAAAUGUACGGCUACAAAUUGUCCGGUAAAGAAGAAAGUGGAACGAUCUCAUGAGGGCCACAUAACAGAAAUCAUCUACAAGGGGAAUCACAACCAUCCAAAACCGCCCACCAAUCGCAGAUCUGCAAUAGGGUCUGUUAACCCCCUCUCUGAAAUGCAAGCGGACGUAUCUGAAAGUACUGAACCACAUGGUGGGGGUGAUGGUGAACUAGGCUGGGCAAGCAGACAAAAAGGAAAUACAGCUAGUGAUGCUGAUUGGAAGCAUGAGAACCUUGAAGUGACCUGUUCAGCAGCAGCAUCUGGGGGCCCUGAAUUCGGCAACCAGUCCACCAAUUUGCAGGGUCAGAAUGGUACCCAAUUUGAAUCGGGAGAUGCAGUGGAUGCCUCUUCUACCUUCUCUAAUGAUGAGGAUGAUGAUGAUAGGGGCACUCAUGGCAGUGUAUCAGUAGGUUAUGAUGGAGAAGGAGAUGAAUCAGAAUCUAAAAGAAGAAAACUGGAAUCUUAUCCAAAUACAGCAGAAUUGAGUGGAGCCACUAGAGCUAUUCGGGAGCCUAGAGUAGUUGUUCAAACUACCAGUGAAGUGGAUAUCCUUGACGAUGGAUAUCGCUGGCGUAAAUACGGACAAAAAGUAGUCAAAGGAAAUCCCAAUCCCAGGAGUUACUACAAGUGCACCAACGUAGGUUGCACAGUAAGGAAGCACGUGGAAAGGGCCUCACAUGACCUGAAAUCUGUGAUCACUACAUAUGAAGGAAAGCACAAUCAUGAUGUUCCUGCCGCUCGCAAUAGCAAUCAAGGCAAUGCUGUAGCUUCUAGUGCUACUGCUCAAGCAUCUUCUGUUAUUCAUAAUCACAGAGCCGAAGUUUCACAACUUCAUAGCAGUAUUGGGAGGCUUGAGAGGCCUGUUUUGGGCCUGGGUUCGUUCAACUUACCCGGGCCCGGGAAGCCCCAGCUAGGGCCUUCCAGUGGCUUUUCCUUUGGAAUUGGAAUGAAUCAAUCAGGCUUUCCCAAUAUAGCCGCCAUGGCAGCUUUGGGGCCGGGCCAGCCCAAGCUUCCUGUCAUGCCUGUUCAUCCAUUCUUGCCCAAUCAAGGUCCACCAAACAUGGGCUUCAUGUUGCCCAAAGGAGAGCCCAAUUUGGAGCCCAUUCCAGACCGCGGGCUUAAUGUGCCUGCUGGUUCGUCAGCAUAUCAAGAUAUAAUGAGUCGGAUGCCACUUGGACCUCAUAUGUAACAUUUUCCAUUCUUUGAAUAGAAAAGAACUAAUACAUAUUAACAUAUAAAUGCGUGUGCUUAAGUUGCAAAUUUAUUAAUUUGUGAUUUACUAACUCUUAAGUUGUUGUUAUAGAUAUAUAUAAUUCAUUA